CUUUACGGGUAGGCAUCAGACUGACAGGCAUCGGGUCAAGCACCCUACAACGGCCAACUUAAAACUGCCGAAACCUUUGAGUGAUCAGUGCCAUCCUUCUUGAUAAUUGCGACAAAUGACAAUCCAUCUUGUACUGGGCCAGCUCUUGGCAGACAAGCGGCGGAGCCACGAGAAACAAUUAUUAAUACAAUCGGCCUUUCUCAGUAUCGAGUCAUCCGUUCUUUUGAUGCACAAUCGGAAAAUCUGUUCCCACGGCAUCGGGUUCUUGUCAAACUCUCUGGCCUCAAUCAUUUCCAAACCUUCCUACCAGCACGUGCUUGCUAAUGCUUGUUCCGUAAACUACUUUCUUGGGGUCAACGUCUAUUUAUUCUAACUAUUACUACUAUUUCUGCAUUAUCCGUGCGCCUGGCGCGGGCCGGAUCGCAAAAUGGCUGAAAUCCUUAGGCCGGUCCCACAGGUAGACCUCAAGAUGGCGGAACAGAGCGACGGUUCCAUGAACAGCUCGAGUGUCGGUGACACGCUGAAGGACGAUUUGGCUCUUGACCGGAGACUUCUUUGGAGGCGGGAUUUGGUACUUGUCCCCAUUAUGGGGAUUCUGUAUACGCUCCUUUUCUUGGACAGAACCAACAUCGCCAAUGCUCGUGCUUUGGGAAUUGGUUCCCCGACUGGUCUCGAAGGGGCACUCCACAUGCCACCCAAUGGAUUUAAUAUCGCCCUCGUAAUUUUUUAUAUCCCGUUCGUUCUCGCCGAAAUCCCAGCAAAUUUAGUCCUCAACUUGAAUAAGAUCAAGCCUAGGUAUUUUCUUGGUGGCCAAAUGUGUCUGUUAGGGAUCCUGGGCAUGUGUCAGGGGCUUGUCCAAAAUUACGGAGGCCUUCUCGCCGUCCGGUUUCUCAUGGGCGCAUUCGAAGCCUCUCUUCCCGCUGGAGCAACCUACAUGAUAUCAACGUAUUACACCAAGCGAGACGCGGCCUUGCGAUUUGCCUGGUUUUUUAAUUUCGCCCUAGCUGGACCGUUCUUCUCUGGUCUGCUUGCAUACGCCAUUCAACGCCUCGAGGGAACCGGGGGCUACCAAGGCUGGCGAUGGUUGUUCAUCAUCGAAGGCUUGAUGACGGUGUUUAUCUCUGUGUUCAUUGUACUCUUUUGUCCAAAUUUCCCCCAUGAGGCCCAGAGCUGGUUCCUGAAACCUCAUGAGCGCGAUCGCAUCGUCAGCCAAUUAGAAGCCUCCCGUGGAGCCGAGACCAAGGGCUCCGCCGUUGACGAUGUGCCUAUCUGGAAGGUCUUGGUGGACUGGCGCAUCCACUUGUUUACCAUGUGUUUCUUCUGUUGCGAUGUGACUGCGGCAUCCGUCUCCGCCUUCUCUCCUACGAUCCUCACGGAAUUGGGCUGGACUUCCACUGUCGCCCAGCUCAUGACGAUGCCUAUCUGGGCUUCUGGCAUCAUCGCCUCGUUUGUCGUCACGUAUAUCUCGAGCCGCGUCAACCUCCGCACCCCCUUCAUUCUCGGCGCCAUCUGCUUCCAGCUGAUCGGCUGGAUUAUAAUGCGAGUCUACGUCCCGCACGCUGGCGUGCGAUACAUGGCCUUGUUCUUCAUGUCCGUCGGGACUUUUCCCCAGAUGCCCAUUCUGAUGGGCUGGCUCUCGGCCAACUUGAGAGGCCGCAAGUAUCUCGCUGUCGGCAUGGCGUGGAUGAUUGGGUUCGGUAACUGUGCCAACUUCAUCUCGUCGAAUGUAUUCAUCAGGGCCGAGGCACCGCGGUACCAGACGGGGUUUACUACGGGUUUGGUAUUCACGGUCGUUGGGUUUUUUCUUGUCAGCUCUGGCUGCGCGUUGCUCGUCGUGAAGAAUCAGAAGAGAGAGACUGCUCGAGCGAGUAUGUCGGAUGCGGAGCGCGAGAGGCAUGACGAGUUGUAUUUCAAAUUUGUGUUGUAGACGAAGCGAAGCUAAUGUUUCUAAUACCCUCCUGGCUAGGUCGGCAAGCGGGCCAGUUCGAAGGAGGUUGGCCAUGUUUUGGUGAACUGUAGAGCGAUGCUUUCUCUAAGAUACCUUGGUUAGCAAAAUAUAUCCUUGCUUUUCGUUGCUGAAUAUGAAUAGUUUGGGCCUCGAUGGAUUGUGCGUCAACCACGAAGUUGGAGACAACAUUACUGCCUCAUGACAUAUCAUCCUCAGCACC